GGGUGGCGGCGGCGGUCAGGCCGGAGAUGGCGGCGCGGUGGAGCAGCGAGAAUGUGGUGGUGGAGUUUAGGGAUUCCCAGGCAACUGCAAUGUCUGUAGAUUGUCUUGGGCAGCAUGCAGUGCUUUCUGGCCGCCGAUUCCUGUACAUUGUGAAUCUGGAUGCCCCCUCAGAAGGUCACCGCAAGAUCUCUCGUCAGAGCAAAUGGGACAUUGGGGCCGUGCAGUGGAAUCCACAUGACAACUAUGCACACUAUUUUGCAGCUUCGAGCAACCAGCGGGUCGAUCUUUACAAGUGGAAAGAUGGCAGUGGGGAAGUUGGCACAGCACUGCAGGGGCAUACCAGGGUGAUCAGUGACUUGGAUUGGGCUGUGUUCGAGCCAGACUUGCUGGUAACCAGUUCUGUGGACACCUACAUCUACAUUUGGGAUAUCAAAGACACAAGGAAACCUACCGUUGCACUGUCUGCUGUAGCGGGUGCCUCACAGGUGAAAUGGAAUAAGAAGAAUGCCCACUGUCUCGCCACCAGUCAUGAUGGGGAUGUUCGGAUAUGGGACAAACGGAAACCUAGCACUGCAGUGGAAUACCUUGCUGCCCACCUGUCUAAAAUUCAUGGGCUGGACUGGCACCCAGACAGUGAACACAUCUUAGCCACUUCAAGCCAGGACAACUCUGUCAAGUUCUGGGAUUACCGCCAGCCUCGGAAAUACCUCAAUAUCCUUCCUUGCCAGGUGCCUGUCUGGAAGGCCAGAUACACUCCUUUCAGCAAUGGGUUAGUGACUGUGAUGGUUCCUCAACUUAGGAGGGAAAAUAGCCUCCUUCUCUGGAAUGUCUUUGACUUGAACACACCAGUGCAUACUUUUGUGGGGCAUGAUGACGUGGUGCUGGAGUUUCAAUGGAGGAAACAAAAGGAAGGGUCCAAGGAUUACCAGCUGGUCACCUGGUCCCGGGAUCAAACCCUGCGGAUGUGGCGAGUGGAUUCGCAGCUGCAGAGGCUCUGUGCGAAUGAUAUCCUGGAUGGUGUUGACGAGUUCAUUGAGAGUAUUUCUCUUCUACCAGAACCUGAGAAGACCCUCCACACCCAAGAUUCAGAUCCCCAGCCUAGCUCAGGCCAUGGGGAGGAGGAAGCUUCAAAGGAAGGCUCACCUAACAACCUCCUGAUGGGGAAGAAAUCGGAACAGUUGGGGUUGCCCCAGACGCUACAACAAGAGUUCUCCCUGAUCAACGUGCAGAUCCGGAAUGUUAAUGUCGAGAUGGAUGCUGUCGAUCGAAGCUGCACAGUAUCUGUUCACUGCAGUAACCAUCGAGUCAAAAUGCUGGUGAAGUUCCCAGCCCAGUACCCUAAUAAUGCUGCACCUUCUUUCCAGUUCAUUAACCCUACAACUAUCACAUCCACCAUGAAAGCAAAACUUCUAAAGAUUCUAAAAGACACCUCCCUGCAGAAAGUGAAACGUAACCAAAGUUGUUUGGAGCCCUGCUUGCGCCAGCUUGUCUCCUGCCUCGAAUCCUUUGUGAACCAAGAAGACAGCACGUCCAGCAAUCCCUAUGCUCUCCCAAACGCCGUCACUCCACCCUUACCCACCUUUGCCCGGGUGACCAGCGCCUACGGAUCCUACCAAGAUGCCAACAUCCCCUUUCCUCGGACCUCGGGAGCCAGGUUCUGUGGAGCAGGUUACCUGGUGUAUUUCACAAGACCUAUGACAAUGCAUCGGGCAGUUUCUCCGACAGAACCUACUCCUAGGUCCCUGUCAGCCUUGUCUGCCUAUCAUAGUGGUUUGAUCACACCAAUGAAAAUCCGCACAGAAGCUCCUGGUAACCUACGCUUGUAUGGUGGGAGCCCCACUCGGAGUGAGAAGGAGCAGGUCUCGAUCAGCUCCUUCUACUAUAAGGAACGGAAAUCACGGAGAUGGAAGAGCAAACGAGAAGGUACAGACUCUGGGAACCGCCCAAUCAAAGCUGCUGGAAAAGUCAUAAUCCAGGAUAUUGCCUGCCUUCUUCCUGUACACAAGUCACUGGGAGAACUCUACAUACUGAAUAUUAAUGACAUUCAGGAAACCUGUCAGAAGAAUGCUGCCUCGGCCUUGCUUGUGGGACGCAAGGAUCUUGUCCAGGUUUGGUCACUGGCUACAGUAGCUACUGAUCUUUGCCUAGGCCCAAAAUCUGAUCCAGAUUUGGAAACACCGUGGGCCCGACAUCCAUUUGGACGACAACUAUUGGAGUCCCUGCUGGCCCAUUACUGUCAGCUCCGGGAUGUCCAAACACUAGCCAUGCUUUGUAGUGUAUUUGAAGCACAGUCCAGGCCACAGGGAAUCCUGAACCCCUUUGGACUUUUUCCCAAUCGCUCUUCUAACCUUGUGUCCCACAGCCGAUAUCCUAGCUUUACUUCCUCUGGCUCUUGCUCGAGUAUGUCAGACCCAGGACUCAACACUGGUGGAUGGAAUAUAGUGGGUAGGGAAACAGAACAUGCAUCUUCACCCUGGGGAGAGUCCUCACCUGAUGAAUUACGCUUUGGGAGUUUGACUUACAGUGACCCUCGUGAGCGGGAACGAGACCAGCAUGACAAGAAUAAAAGGAUCCUUGACCCUGCCAAUACUCAGCAGUUUGAUGAUUUUAAGAAAUGUUAUGGAGAAAUCCUUUAUCGUUGGGGUCUGAGAGAGAAACGAGCUGAAGUCUUAAAGUUUGUGUCCUGCCCUCCUGACCCUCAUAAGGGAAUUGUUUUAUCAUUGGCAGUAACAAAUGAGAGCCUCCGGUAGCUGAACACACAAUGCAGUGACUGUCUGAAAUUUGCACAGAGGACAAAGGAUCCAUCACAUUUCCUAAUGGAAUCCCAGGUUGCACAGAGGAAAAAACACUUUCCCGCCUCCAGGUUGCUUAGUCUAAUGUGAAAGUUUGUCUCUCUGUUCCUAUCAAGAAUCAAAUGUAUUUUUUGUUUAUAAGUAUGUUGUUAUGUAGAAGUCCUUCCUUCUGAAGUUGUUUUUAAAAAAACAAACCCCAAAUCAAGUUUUGUUAAAAUCUUGUGUGUCUGUUGUUAUAAUUGUGUGCUAAGGAAUUUAAAGUUAAAAGAAAUAAUUCUCUCUUCUUUCUCUUGCCUUUAAAAGUGGAAAUUCCUUUCAGAAUUUGUCACAUUCCACAGUUGAGAUUCCUAACUUUCUAGAAAUGUUCAUAUAUUUAAAACUUCUCCCUUCACUUAUGCUGAAUCAUUGAGUGCUUGUCAUAGUGGUGCUCUCUCUCCUCCCCUCCCCCAGCCUCCCUCUCUCUUUCAGAAUAGUAGAGCGGUCUUCUCAGAAGGAUAUAAACAGUUUGGGGCUAAAAAUUCUCAUUGUCUGAUCCCGAAUGCCUAUUCUUCCCUCCAGUGAUGGAGUGAUGCUUAUUUUUGAAAAUACAGUUAAACUGAGAGAACAAAAGAAGAAAGAAAUAGGGCAUGUGGGGUCCCUACCUGGCCUGUAGAGAGGGCACCCCACAUACAGGGUCUGUUUUUGCCUAGGUGGAGUGUGAUUGAGACAGUUGGGCCUAAUUUGACAUGUAAACAAAUUGCUGCCAUGUCCCCUUUGGAAAUCUUGCCUAGGCGUGGUUCAUGUUGCUUUUUUGCAUACCCUUUGCUAUACAGAAAUGAGCAUCUUCCCCCAGAAUCAGGGAAGGGCCAGGAGUACUCUAGACACCCAAGGUGCGGUGCCAGAAGCAAAUGACGGGUGUCUAGGCCAGGCAGCUGCCCCCAGCAGCCCUUUCAGAGAAGCCUGAGGCCUCUAGCCUUCCCUUCCCAUGGUUCUAGAAGUAGCCACAAGGCUACUGCCUCCCCAGCUGGGCCUGAGGUGGGAUUUCUCU